AUGGAGCAGAAGCAGCCGAGAGCGUCGCGAAGGUCUGUCUCGUUCAAUCCAGAAGCACCAACUUUCAGUCCAACGGCAGCCGAGACUAGCAUGUCCACCGGACUCGCAGGACCAACUCCGCCUACCAGUCCACGACAGAAGUCCAGGAUGCGAGACGUCUGUGAUGAAGACUCGCCUUUCCGGCCUACUAGAGACCUGCGACCCAACUACCAAGGCUACGAAGAGCUCAAGUUCGGAGCAAAGCCAUGGCAGUCACUCAAGCAGGAGGAUAUGCCGUUGAAUUCCCUUCAGGAGAUGCUACGAGGUAACGUCAAUCUCAUCACGAUGCGAAGAUCCAAAGCUGACUUAUCAGACCACCACAUUACCUUGAACCGCGGUAGACCCGGUGCAAUCUCUCGAAGCAAUCUCACAGGAAACCCCGUCAACAGCCUGCGUACCAUAUUCUCUGGCCAGCACCUCGAACCCGACUCCAAUGCGCCAGACGUCGCCGAGCUGAGUGCGGGCCUCGGUCUACCCCGUAUCAAGAAGGAGACAACUAACGUCGACUCCCCAACAUGCUCCCACAAGUCCCAUGGCUCUGAAGGUCUUUCAGAAGGCGUCUUUGGUAAGCUCAUAGGGCGGGCGCUGGACAAGCCGUUAACCGCUAAUACCCUAGCCCAAUAUCUCAACGGCAAAGAAGCACCACUGGACGACGUCGCUAAGACACCUCUACGUCGCCAGAGCUAUACUCAAUACAGGUAUCCAGAGUGUGUGGAUGAAGAAUUCCCGCCCACGAAAGUAGUUCCCGCGCCUCCGGGCUUCAUGGGCGAACGUCCUCGUAGGAUCUUCGCAGAGGAGCGUACGUCUAUCAACCCAGCGGGCAUGCAGUCACCAUUACAGCAAAUAUCUACAGAUCCUGCGGGAUUCGGACAGCCUCGACGCUUUAGCAACCUCCAGACCCCCAACUGGCCGCCACACCGUGAUCAUGUACCUGAGGUUCCCAGUCCAAGAGGUUACCGCUCACGAGCACUCACCCGUACCAAGCGCACUGAUCAAGGUCCCGAGCCUUCGCACGCCGAUAUUUACCCCGACGAUGCGAACGUCAUGCCGCGCCGCCCGUCGUACCGAUCAGAGCCUACAGAGAUGUUCCCCAGUUUUGUGCCAGCGGUGCUUCCCGAGAGGCCGUUCCGUGCAGAGAAUACUGUAGUCUGGCCCACUCCAGCAGAAGUCUAUGCACAGAAGCCUGACAACCCACAGAGACGCAGCGGUUUCGCUCGCGGCAUCUCAGCAUUGAAGAACCAUGCGCCAGUACGAUGGUCCCUAUCAGAACCUUCCUCCAUGGCUCACUACACGCAGCAGUUCGGAGAGCCCUCCCACCCUUUCGCCUUCACUUUCCCCGCCCCAGCCCCGUCUAUCACCCCGCCGUUCGACAUCUUCGAGAACCACCAUGUUCCCUCAUAUGCUGACAUCCACGAUGCUGACGCUGAGAUGGAGUGCCUCCUAGCUAUUCUCCCCAACAUUUUCGACCUCGAUCUACCUGAGAUGCCAUGCGACACGCGCCCCCUUACCCCCUGUCAGACCGACGGUACUCGUUAUGGCCUGAAGUACUACGGUAUCGGUUCAGGUGAUACCUGGGCGUGUCCUGCUGCGCGUGAGGAUGAGCCAUUCAGGGUCCGUCCGCGUGAUCAUGAUGGUUGGGGUGGAUGGCAGUGGGCUAUCGACAGGGGUUGGGGCAACGAGUAA